AUGUUGUUCAAAAACUCCGCCCUCUUGUCUGGCGCGUUGUGGGCUUCUUCCGCUGUUGCCCAAUUUCCGCCGAAGCCUGAGCAUGUCAAAACCGUGAAAUCGAAGUUCCAUCAAGGUAUUGAGAUCUCGUACAAGGAGGUUGAUCCCGCUGUUUGCGAGACCACCGAAGGUGUUCGCAGUUUCUCUGGAUAUGUUCAUCUGCCACCGCAUAGCAUCAACGAGACACAUGAGAGACAGGACUAUCCUAUCAACACUUCCAUGAUGGGAGCUCUUUCUGAGAAUGGCCCUUGCUUCGUCAACAAUGAUAGCAACUCUACAUACCUCAACCCUUGGUCGUGGAACAACGAAGUAGGACCAACCGAGCCACCUCACAAGAUAGUCGGGUAUUCUUAUGAUGUUCCAACAAACAUCACUGUGGAUUUGCUUGCCGACAAUGAGGGUCCCAGUUCCAUCAAGGUUGUCGACUUCGAUUCUGGUGUUCCUGACCAGAACGCUACUUUCUUGGUUGGAACUGCUAGUAGUCAGAACGUUUCUAAUACAGCCAACAGUACGCAGCAUGCGGCUGUUGCUCUUUGGCACUUUGCUCAGACUUGGUUUGAAGAGUUCCCUCAGUACAAGCCUCACGACGAGAGAAUCUCUUUAUUCACCGAGUCCUACGGCGGUAGAUAUGGCCCUACAUUUGUCAAGAAGUUCAUGACUCAAAAUGAGUUGAUUGCCAAUGGAUCGAUCUCAGGCCCCGGUACGCACUACUUGCACCUCGACACUCUGGGCAUAAUCAACGGAUGCAUUGAUUCAGAGGAUUCUACUUCUGCAUACGUUGAGUUCCCUGUCGCCAACACCUAUGGCAUUCAAGGCUUUACCGAAGAGCAAUACUACGAAGCCAAACACAAUUUUAUUCGCAAAGGAGGUCUCCGUGACCAAAUCCACGAAUGUCGUAGAUUGCAGCUUGGAACAGACCCCAACGACUAUGGUGAUGUCGAGAACACAAACAACUACUGUAUGCAAGCCGCCGAGAAUGUUGCAAAACAAGUUGUCGACAAGUACAUGGAGAGCAAGAAGUUUGGUUGGUUCGAUGUCACUCACCAAGGCAAUGAUCCUUUCCCCGGCCAAUACCUAGUCGGCUACUUGAACCAGCACUGGGUUCAGGAAGCUCUCGGUGUGCCUGUGAACUUCACCGCCGUUUCGCCCUCUGUAUAUGAGGCUUUCACACACACCGGUGAUAUCUCCAAGGGUGGCCUUAUUGAGGACAUUGCUUACAUCUUGGACAAUGGCGUCAAGGUAGCCAUGAUGUAUGGUGAUCGCGAUUACGCCUGCAACUGGCUCGGCGGCGAAGCAUCUUCCCUCCACAUCCCAUGGGAGUCACAAGAAGCAUUCUCCAAAGCUGGAUACACUCCUCUUGUGCUGUCUCCCGUCCACUCCGGUGGUCUGGUCAGACAAUAUGGUAACCUGAGUUUCACCAGAGUCUAUCAGGCCGGCCACUUGGUACCCAGCUACCAGCCUCAGGCCGCUUAUGAGAUCUUCAUGCGAAGUUUGUUCAACAAGGAUGUUGCCACUGGCACAGUCGCCGUAACAGACCAGUACAAGACUAAUGGUUCCGAAGACGCGUGGACGCCUAGUGAUGUCCUGCCUGCUCCCAAGAGCGAGUGCUAUACUCUGAACCCCGAAACUUGUACCGAGGAGGAGCAAGAGUGGCUCAAAGACGGCACUGCCAUCAUCAAGAACUGGAUCCUUAUCGGCCGUGAGAAGAGUGGCAGGAGAGGUGGAGAACAGCAGGUUCUGAGCGCAGAAGGCAUGUAUGAGCUUUAG